AUGGCCCGUCUGCUGCUGCUCUCUAGUUUGGAGGCGCGAAGCCAAUUUUUCUUUGAGUCUUCAGAUUUCAUUCAUAUGUCCUACCCGGCGGAUGGUCUUGACAACUCUGAUAAGCGAAAGAACAUGUCUACCCCCUAA